GGGACGGUUACUCCUCACGCGCGCGCGCCGCCGACCCCCGCCCCCGCGCCCCUCCUCCGUCGCCCCGCGCUCGGCGCCGCCGCUCUCGCCCUGGGCCCGCGCUCCUCCGGCCCUCGCGCCUUUCUCUGCCGGCCGGCGCUCCGCCAACUCGGGGCCGCCGACCCGCGCCCCUCCGCCGCCGCCCCGCACUCGGCACCGCCGCUCUCGCCCCGCGCUCUCCCCGGCCCGCGCUCCUCCAGCCCCCGCGCCGCCGAGCCGCGCGCCCCUCCUUCCCCGUCGCCACCGCCUCGCCGCUGCUUCGUCGCCGCCCAGGGAGCUCCCCCCGCAGGUGGAUCCGGAUCCGUGGCUACCGCCUCGCCGCCGCCCAGGGCGCUCCACCCGUCGUGCGUCUGCCAGCAGUUGGUGGGUCGGUCGUCCACAUCACCCCCACCCUCCGUUCUCCUCCCCUGAAACGAAAUCUCUGGUGCCUCAGCCAUCGCGGCAGGCCAGCAGCCUGGGCGUGGUGGCCCUUCGCCGCGGCUCCAGGGGCGACGUCAUCCCGGCUCUCCCACGCAGUGGCGGCGUGCGUCUCCUGCUGUGCCCCUGCCGCCCGCAUCCAGAGGUAUAUUUGGAGUGUUGUUCGCAAGGCUCUGAGAUGGCUGAUGGCGAUUCAUCUGACUUCACCUUCUGCAGGGUUAGUUCUGAAGAAAAUGACGGACAGUUAGGAUCUCCUAAAGCCAUUCCUGUGGCAAGUAUGUUGCUCGAGGAUGUUCAUGGUGAUAGUGCAAAAACUGCAAAGAAAGAUGGCUUGAAAGCCAAUGACUCAGAUAAAGAUAGGUCUGGUAACAGUGCUAGUGUAUCAAUACAAGACAGCAACAUGAAAGAACCAAUUACACAAACAAGUGGUGGAGCAGAAUCAAAUGUGUCGUCACAGGCAAAACCUUCAUCGAAGAAACCUGCAGUACGGAAAAAGGUUCCUUUCGAGAAGGGCUAUAGCCAAAUGGAUUGGCUAAAGCUGACACGAACACAUCCUGAUCUAGCUGGGCUCAAGGGGCAGUCAAAUCGAAGGUUAAUUUCUUUGGAAGAAGUUAAGCAGCAUAAAACUGGAGAUUGCAUUUGGACAGUUCUCAAAGGCCGUGUUUAUAAUAUCGCUCCAUACAUGAAAUUUCAUCCUGGAGGAGUUGAUAUGCUUAUGAAAGCUGCUGGAAAGGACUGCACUGCUUUGUUCAAUAAAUACCAUGCUUGGGUAAAUGCAGAGUUCCUUUUGGAGAAGUGCCUUGUCGGGUUCCUUGAUCCCAACGAGUAGAUCUCAAGGUUCAAGCCAAUGUGGCAUUUUAUCACUUUUGCACUACUGGACUAUUUGUAUAAGCACACUAGUAGAUGAAUUAAAGAAUGUAACUGUUCUAUUGUAUCACAAUGAGAAAACAAUAAUUCAUUUCGUCCUAAAAAGAAAGAGAGAAAUAAGCUUAGUGUCUGUUCGUCCUUAUAGAUGUGAGAAAAUCCAGGGAUAUACUGGUAUGCCAAUGAGAUGCGAAGUAAAUUGCAAUAAACAGUCAAAAUGAAGCC